CCCUAAAACCCACUCUUCCACUCCUCUGAACGCCGCACCCAACCCUACUCUCUCUCCUAUCUCUCUCCAGAACCGCCGCCGCCGCCGCGUCGCCGGAAAAUGCCGCCGAAGUUCGACCCAUCACAGGUUGUCGACGUCUACGUCCGGGUAACCGGCGGCGAAGUCGGCGCAGCUAGUUCACUCGCCCCCAAAAUCGGCCCUUUAGGUCUCUCCCCCAAGAAAAUCGGCGAAGACAUCGCCAAAGAGACCGCGAAGGAUUGGAAGGGCCUCCGAGUCACCGUGAAGCUCACCGUCCAGAACCGCCAGGCCAAAGUCUCCGUCGUCCCCUCCGCCGCCGCGCUCGUCAUCAAGGCCCUGAAAGAGCCUGAGCGCGAUCGCAAGAAGACGAAGAACAUCAAGCACACUGGAAACAUCUCUCUCGAUGAUGUUAUCGAGAUCGCCAAGGUCAUGAAGCCGAGAUCGAUGGCUAAAGAUCUCAGUGGUACUGUGAAGGAGAUUUUGGGUACGUGUGUUUCUGUUGGGUGUACGGUUGAUGGGAAGAGCCCUAAGGAUCUGCAGCAGGAGAUCGAUGAUGGAGAUGUUGAGAUUCCCCUGGAUUGAUUUGGUUAGGUUUCUUUUUAGGGUUUGUUCCAAGAUUCUGUUUUUUUUUUUUUUGGAAUUUGAAAUUGUGGGUUUGAGUUUUUAUGUCUCCGAUUUUUGAUGAUUUGAGCUUGAAUUUUUUCAUUUGAGGAGAUGUAAAUUUUAUGUUUAGGGUUUUUGGACGUGAUGAUAAUUCGGAUCAUAAAUUUGAUAAAAUCUGAUGAUUAAAUUUGGUGCAAAUGAAUCUUUAGUUUUCAUUACAAGGGUCA